UUCUUAUGAAAACUCAGGAAAUUUAUGGUUUUAAGGUUAUAGAGGAGAUUACAGACGAUCCUCUAAAGAUGGAGUUCAAACAAGAUGUGCAAGCUUUAACGAACCCUGAUCUAAAAUACCCUAUUAAUAACAUUUACUUAGAGGAAUCGAGGCAAGUUUCCGAAGAAGCACUGGAAAAAGAAAUGCACCCGGGGCUGCUAAAAGUAGAAGAUGAGAGCGAAUAUGUCAUUGAGCUAUUAUGCGGGACAUCAAAUGAUGAUCAAUCUCAAACGGAAAUGGUUGAAGAAUUAAAAAAAGAAGAUUCAGUUUGCGAGGAUGACGUAUAUGAGAGUGAAAAUGAGUCUAUAGGGAGAGUGGGAUAUAUGUGUGAGAUUUGUUAUUGUGCUUACGAAACUGAAGAUGAAUUAAUAAAUCAUAUAUCCAAACAACAUCAAUCUGAGGUAUUUUGCGUAGAUUGCUCAACAAACUUUGAUACACCAAACGAAUUGAGAAUACACAAACAACUAGUUCAUGAGACUGAUUCACCAGUGCAGUGCGAAUACUGCAAUGAGGGGAUUUUAAUACCUCGAAAUGAGCUUGUUGACCAUUUUCAAUGUAAACACAAAUCUGAAUACCUUAAGUAUUUUCCACCUACUUCUUAUAAAUGUAAAUAUUGUAGAAACAUCUAUUCAACCCCUUUUGAAUUGGAAGGCCAUGUGAAAGCACACGUAAUAUUUAAAUGUACACUCUGUAACAUAAGUUAUGGGAAUCUGAGCUCAUACAAUGUACAUAUUAAACAAAAUCAUAGUUCUCUUAUGGUCAAGCAAUUGCCUGACAAUAUUUCUCUAAUGGCAUUUUCAUCCGAUUAUGUACAAAAAGAACACGAAGAGUCUCAGGUACAAAUGCAGAAUAAUACCAAAAUAAAACGAAAUCGAAUGGAAACUACUGAGAAUAUUUAUCAUAAAAACCAAUACACGAAAAGCAAUCAAGAGCAACAGGAAUCAUCUGAAAUAUAUGCAGAAGAAAAUUCAGAUAUUCCCAAGCUAAAAGCAAAGAAGAGACACUUAUGUUCAUUUUGCCCUCGAGUAUUAUCCAGCAGACUAUCUCUAGAAUUACAUGAAAAAAAACAACAUUUGAAUAUAAAAACGGACGUUAAGGAAUGCCCAAUUUGUAAAAAAGAAUUUAGUUCAGAUUAUGUUAAGAAACAUAUCCAAAUUGUACAUAUUGGUGAACGUAAAUUUACUUGUGAUAUUUGUGGUGACUCAUAUAAAACCCAUGAUACUGUUAAACGACACAGACUGUUGCAUAUGAAGGACCGCAACUUUCCAUGCACCGUGUGUGAUAGAAGCUUUGCUGAGAAAUCCGAAUUCAAAGUUCAUAUGCGAAUUCACACGGGGGAAUUGCCAUUCGACUGCCAUUUGUGCGAUCGUCGAUUUAGAAUAAAAGCCCACCUCACCUAUCAUUUGCAACAGCAUGCCAAUAUCAAGAAAAAAUGUAACGAAUGUGGUAAAGAGUUCAAAAACAGCAAAUCAUUACGAGACCAUUCAUUCUUGCAUACUGGCAUAAUGCCAUAUACAUGCCCUAUUUGCGAGUAUGGCAGUGCCAAACGUGAAGUUCUUGCAAAACAUAUGCUGCGCAAACACGAUAUAACUAUGACUGCUGAUGAAUUAUUUGCAAUGUUCAAAGCGAAUACGGGGCGAUCUCCACGCGUUAAACUAGCAGAAGAGUUAGAAAUGAUGAAUAAGAAUAUGUAACGGGUAAACUGUUUGACCAAAUGUGGAUACAUGUUUAUGAGAAUUCAUAUCUGAAUUUUUCACUGUUCUAAUAAAUUUAAAAUUAACAAAACUUGAGACGUUUUUGUGGAUAA